AUGUCCAUGGCGCAGCCGGUGAUCUUCCUCGAUGUUGAUGGAGUCCUGCACCCGGGCACAUACGAAGCUCACAGAUGUCAGGAUCUCUUCCGAUCUCAAUGCCUCACGGAGCUUCGCAGAAUCAUUGAUGCGACAAAUGCGAUUCUGGUGCUAUCCUCUUCCUGGAGGGAAUCUCCUGGUGCUUGUCGACGCUUGAAGAAGGUCUUGGAGGAGCAUGGGAUGUCCCUCUUCGGAUCAACUGAGGUCAGUGGCUGCCCAGGGCUUCGUGGCCGAGGUUUGGAGAUCAACCGCUGGCUGCGGAGCCAUGCGCAACAUGUGCAGAUACCCUAUUGGUUGGCCCUCGACGACUUGGACCUGGCGAAGGAAGGAGGCCUAGUUCCGCGCGAACACCUCGUUCGCACCAACACGCAGUUUGGCCUCCGACCAGACGAUGCCGACGCUGCCAUUGCACGGCUGUCAGUCCAGGUGUGCAGCUGUGAAGUCUGCCAGGCUUAUGCCGAGUGA